AUGUCAUCUCCGGACCCCUCAGAAAUCCAAGCUAAGCGCGAAGCAGACUACAAGCGCUUCAAAAACUACGCCGCCUACGCCUUCCUAAUCGGCGCCCCAAUCCUAAUCGCCCUCCCACCAAGGAAACUAGACCCCCUCACGGUCCUAGUUCUCUGCUCAUUCGGUGCAUCUGCAAACCACAUCGUACAAGAUCGCACCGGCCGCAGCAUUGUCGACCGCAUUGACGCCCGCAUUGCCGGUUUCUCAGGCGGCUUCUCCAGCCUGCCUAGUGAGCGCGCGCAAGAAAUUCAGGAACGACUGCGCGCGUCCCGCGAUGCCCAGAUUCGUCAGGCGGAGGCUGAGUUGUUGAAAUCGCAGGCCGAUGCUAAUGCAUCUGGCUCUGUUAGCGAGGAGUUGGAGAAGCUUAAGGCCCGGCAGUCGCAUGAGAAGGGGGUUGUGCAGCGGGUUUGGAUGGGUGGGGAGGCGGAGGGUUGGAAGGAGAAGAGGUUGAGGAAGGAGCAGGAGGCUCUUAGUGAAGGGAAGGGGUAUGGUGAUUUGAUUCAGGAGCAUAUUUGGGAUGUGUGGACUUGGGGUGGGAAGGAUAAGGAGAGCGGGAAAGAUGCCAAGGAGGAGUUGAAGGUUGAGAAGAAGGAUUGA